CAGCACUAGUAAAGACAAAGCACAGUAUCAACCAAACAGAAAUCAGAUUCAAGGGACUUUCAUGGCUAUAAAAGUUUAUUCAUCUGGUCUUUAAAAUGAAGCUGUAUUGUUUAUCAGGACAUCCUACAUUACCCUGCAAUGUCCUCAAGUUCAAAUCCACCACUAUUAUGCUGGACUGUGGGCUAGACACCACCUCUGUCCUCAACUUUCUGCCCCUGCCUCUGGUGCAUAGUCCAAGGCUCUCUAAGCUACCUGGCUGGGUGUCCAAAGAUGGUACAAUAAAUCUGGAAAAGGAAUUAAAGGAGUGUGCAGGAAGGGUAUUCGUGGACUCACAGCCAGAAUUUUGUCUCCCUGAGAGGGAACUAUUAGAACUUUCUACUAUUGAUGUGAUCCUGAUCUCUAACUAUCACUGUAUGAUGGCCCUGCCCUACAUCACUGAGAACACUGGUUUCACUGGGACGGUGUAUGCCACUGAACCCACGCUGCAGAUUGGCAGACUCUUGAUGGAAGAGCUUGUUAACUUCAUGGAGAGGGUCCCUAAGCCACAGUCUGCCACCUGCUGGAAAAACAAGGAGAUACAAAGACUACUCCCUGGGCCACUGAAAGAUGCUGUGGAAGUGUGGACGUGGAAAAAGUGCUAUACAAUGCAGGAGGUCAAUUCUGCACUAAGCAAAGUUCAGCUUGUCGGUUAUUCUCAAAAAGUGGAGUUGUUUGGUGCUGUUCAGGUCUCCCCUCUCAGCUCUGGUUAUUCUUUGGGCAGCUCCAACUGGAUCAUUCAGUCUCAUCACGAGAAAGUGUCCUAUGUGUCUGGCUCCUCUUUGCUCACCACACACCCACAGCCGAUGGAUCAGAGUUCUCUGAAGAACAGUGAUGUUUUGAUUCUGACAGGACUCACACAGAUGCCAACGGCCAACCCAGAUGGCAUGCUGGGAGAAUUCUGCAGCAACCUUGCUAUGACAAUCCGCGCUGGAGGAAACGUGCUGGUGCCCUGUUACUCAUCUGGAGUCAUCUACGACCUGCUCGAGUGCCUGUACCAGUUCAUAGACAGCGCCAAUCUGGGAACCACACCUUUUUACUUCAUUUCGCCCGUCGCCAACAGCUCACUGGAGUUUUCACAGAUCUUUGCGGAGUGGCUUUGUCAUAAUAAGCAGAGCAAAGUGUACCUCCCAGAACCCCCAUUCCCUCAUGCAGAGUUAAUCCAAACGAACAAGCUGAAGCACUACCCCAGUAUCCAUGGCGACUUCAGUAAUGAGUUCAGACAGCCCUGUGUGGUGUUCACGGGACACCCGUCUCUGCGCUUUGGAGACGUAGUCCACUUUAUGGAGCUGUGGGGAAAGUCCAGCCUCAACACCAUCAUCUUCACUGAACCGGACUUUAACUACCUGGAUGCCCUGGCCCCAUACCAGCCUCUGUCCAUGAAGUGUAUUUACUGCCCCAUCGACACACGCCUGAACUUCCACCAGGUUUCUAAACUGCUCAAAGAAAUCCAGCCCCUCCAUGUGGUGUGUCCAGAGCAGUACACUCAGCCCCCUGUGUCUCAGUCCCAUCGCUCAGACCUGAUGUUGGAGCUGCAGCCUCCUCCCAUGCCCUACCGGCGCUGCUCAGUGCUAAACCUCCCCUUUAAGAGAAGAUAUGAACGAGUUUAUAUCAUGCCCGAGUUGGCAAACUCCCUGGUGCCGUGUGAAGUGAAGCCUGGUGUCUCCGUGGCGACAGUCUCCGCUGUGAUUCACUCCAAAGACAACAAGCACACACUACAGUCAGUACCCAAGCCCCCUCCGGCCCCGCCCAGUAAGAAAAGGAAGCGUGUUCUGGAGGAACCUCCGGCCUCUUUGAGUCCCAAAGCUCUGCUCAGUGGAGCUGUGCCUCUGGAAGGAUUUCUGGCCACGUUGCAAAAGCAUGGUAUUACAGAGGUGAAGGUGGAGGAGACCACAGAGGGGCACAUUCUGCACCUCCAGGAGCAGGACACUCUGAUCCAGCUGGACGAGGACGGGACCCACAUUGUGUGCGACAACAACGAGCCUCUGAGGACCACCCUGAGAGACCUGGUGCUGCGCUUCCUCCUCAAACUCUGACCAAAACAUCUGAUUUUUCUGGAUUAGAGAUGGUUAACCUUAACAUAGACACUUGGCUAAACCACAUCUUUGGCAAACUUGACCAUGAUCCUGGUUCUUCUUGAGACAUCAUCCUUCUUUGAUCUGGAAAUGGGCCCCCAGGUUGCCCAGGGUUACAUCCAAGAAUGGCUCAAUUGUAAUGGAUAUCUAAUAUCAAAAGCCAAAAAAAUGAGUGAUAUAUGUAGUCACAUUUGUUCCCCAUCAAGUUUUCAUUCUAUUUUAUUGUCUCAAAAUAAAUAUAAAUGUCUUUCAAUGUUUUCUAAACUUUUCUAAACAAUACAGACUUUCAUUGGUAUUGAACACAAAAAUAGUCAAAUUUCUUUCUCCAAGGCUGAACUCUUCUCCAAGCAUGCUCCACAUGCUUUUAUAAUUGGCUCGUGACCUCUUGAUUAUAAAGACCUAAUUUACAUUUGAUUAAUUGCACAGCCCUACCUUCCAUUAUCUUUUCCUGACUCCCAGUAUUUGCAUAAUACAACUCUGUUGGUGGGGGAUGUUAUCCAAAACUAGAACUUUGAAAUAUACAGAGAAAACAAAAUAUACCUGGUUGGUAGUAAUAAAGUAACCCUGAACCUUGAAAUUCAUUUUGUCAACAUCACCCACCCCUCCCUUCUCAUAAUCAGGAUGUGGAUUGUAUAAAAUGUAUACACCCUCUUGUACUUCUGUCUACAUUUUGUAUAUAGUAUUUUGUAAUAAAAACAAUUGUGUGA